AUGAAUCAGAUCAAUGUCAAAUUAGCAAUUUAUUCAAGUGGUAAAACAACAAUAUCUAAUUUUCUUGCGGAUGCUACAGAAAUACCCUAUGAUUAUUAUCCAACUAAAGGAGUACGAAUACUAGAAUUUGAAGUGCAAAAUAUAAAUGUGAAUAACAGUCAUAUCACAAAAGAUAUUGAAUUAUGGGAUUGUAGUGGAGAUCAUAAAUAUGAAUAUUGUUGGCCAGCUAUAAGAAAGGAUGUACAUGGCGUUAUGUUGAUUUAUAGUGAACAAUCAAAUGAAUGUUUAAAAGAAAUUCAACAAUUAUAUGAUUAUUUUAUUGAUCAAACUAAAUUAGAUCCAGACAGAUGUGUAAUUUUUUGUUACGACCCUGAGAACAAAAAUCCUGAGGUUUCAAAAAUUAUUUCUUCAACAUUUAUGAAAAUAUCUCAUGUUAAAUGCAAUAUCGAAAAUGGUGCAAGUAAAUUAAAAGCUGAUUUUUCAUCAUUCAUAAGUACAAUACUUAACAAAAUACAUAAUUAUAAAAAUCAAAAAGAUAUAAAUAUUUUGUAAAAAGAUAUUAUAUAAAUAUAUAAAUAUCAAACAUCAGAGCAAAAUAU